UCGACAACCCCAAUUGUUGCAUUAUUCGAGUUUGCUCCUAUGUAACCACCCAUAUAGCUAACUCUCGGACCGUAAUCGAACCUCCCGACGUUCGCUCUUCCGUGCAUUCGGACGGAUCGGAGCAUGAGAACAACUGUUCGGGUGGUUAGACUCAAAACUGAGCAUUCUUAUCCUCUUGUUGUUCAAUUGCAUCCCAAAAACAACCCAUCUUGUUUCUGCAGUUGUAUAUAAAGUUAUAGAUAGAUCCAACACCCCCCUUGAACGUCUUUGUACAUGCUAGAACCCCCAGAAUACAAAACAGCCGCCUGUCGCGCAAACACGCUCGUUGAGAAACAGUUCCGAACCCACAUAUUUUCCCAUCACCAUGGCUGCAAGUGCUCCCUGGUCUCAACGUCUGAGAGGUAUCAUACAUGCCAACCAUCCCAUCUCCACUACUCCGCCGAAGCACCAUCAUUCUCCACAACAAAGGCUAACCACACCCGAACCAACCCCACAGAACACUGCAUAGUGCGAAGUUUGGGCCAGCCGAUGUGGCAAGACAUUUCUGACCGUCGCGGUGGACGAACUGCUUGGUCAAGCGUCGUUGCUAUCCAGGGUAAUACGUAUCAAGCUCGGUUUUGGUAUGACGGCGCGUACGUGGAGCAAGCGAGGGAAGAUGCUGCUGAGGUUGCGCUGAGGAACAUCACGGGCUAUCUAAAUCCGAGUCAAGAUCCUCCCCCUGCGUCUCACUAUUCAAGGGCUUGA